AUGUCGACGAUGCAACAACGCAAAAAUGAGAUCUUGGCCAAGCGGGCCAAGCUGGCCGAAUUGAAAAAACAGCGCGAACUUCGCCAGAAGGAGUUCAACAACAACAGGAACAGCAUCGGGGAUAGUUCAGAGAUUGUUUCGCCUGUGCCUAGUCGCUCUGAUAGUAGAGCCGAACUCGAUGAUCUGAUCUCGCGCUUGGUGGACCGACCUGGAUCAGCUUCCAUCAGCCAUGGGGCGGAUGGCCUGUCGCGCAAAGGAAGUCGCCCGAAUUCAGUAUUGAGCGCCAGUCAACUGAGUGGAGAGAACGCCGAGACCUUAUCCCCUACAUCCCGACCGCAGUUACAGUCCAUUGCCGUACAGACAAUGGGAGAAGAGCAGCCCUACACCUACUCCGCACCCGAAGCUCAAGCCCCGCCUCCCCCUGAACCCAAACCCGAGCUCGUCACCUACAGCAAGGCCGUGCAAACAGACGGUCUCGAAUCACCACCCCAGUCAGAAGAUGGAUCAGUUGCUUCGGAUAAUGAGGAACAAGUGGGCACUACACGGUCAAGCAAGCGUCUCAGUCGACGAGACCGGGAGCGCGAUGAGGAAAUCCGGCAGAAGAUUCGCAAAGAGAUUGAAGAAGAAUUGCAAGCUACGAACCAGGACGGGGCUGCGGCAGCAACUACGCAAUCUACACAACUCCGGUACCCCCUGCGCACGCUUGACGAUGACGAGCUGAAGGCGGUUACUUCAUCCGACGACUUUUUGGACUUUGUGGAGCGGUCCUCAAAGGUGAUCGAGCGGGCAUUGGAUGAAGACUAUGACGUCCUUGCAGACUAUGAACUUGGCGUGAAUGGAGACGUGGAAGAGGAUGAAGAGACUGGCAAGAAGAGGAGGGGUAUCCGAGAGGUCUGCCAAUUCUAUGAUGAGCGAUGGAGCAAGAAGCGCAUGGUCACCGACCUGAGCUUCUCACCCAAGUUUCCGGAGCUUGUCCUGGCAUCAUACACGAAGAAUCCCUCAGCCCCUCAUGAACCCGAUGGACUUGUCCAAGUCUGGAACCAACACUUGCACUCUCGACCAGAAUACGUGUUUCACUCUACUUCUGAUAUUCUCGCCGCCAAAUUCUCCCCUUUCCACCCUAACCUAAUUGUGGGAGGCUCAUACUCAGGCCAGGUGCUUCUAUGGGAUACUCGUUCCUCGCGCGCCGGCGGCGGCGCUCCCGUACAGAAGACUCCUUUGACUGGGUCUGGACAUACCCAUCCUGUUUACAGCAUCUCAAUUAUCGGUACACAAAAUGCGCAUAAUAUCCUGACCGUGUCCACGGACGGAGUCGUCUGUGGCUGGACCGUCGACAUGCUUUCUCAGCCGCAAGAAUACCUCGAGCUGACUACGCCCCCUCCAUCCAAGACGGAAGAUCUUGCGCCAACUACCAUGUCAUUCCCCCAGUCUGAUCCGACGUUCUUUAUCGUCGGAACCGAGGAGGGAGGUAUCUACCCCUGCCACCGUUAUGACCGAGCCGGAGCAAAGGCAGGAACCGACCACCGCCUCGCAUACCGCGGCCACGCCGCGCCAAUCAUGUCAACGGCGUUCCAUCCUGCACGCGGUCCAGUUGAUCUGGGAGACCUUAUGCUGAGUUCCAGUCUGGACUGGAGUGUGAAGCUCUGGCGCGUACGGCCCCCAGCGACGACUGCUGCUCUCACAUCGGGAAUGUCCUCAGCCCAGGUUGUCUCGCCUAUUCUGGACAUUGUCCGCGACGAUGUCGUGUACGAUGCCCGCUGGUCUCCUCACAGACCGGGCGUUUUCUCUCUCGUCGACGGUGCUGGCAACGUCGAGGUAUGGGAUCUCUACACAGACACCGAGGUCCCGGUUGUACGGACGACACCCUCUCGUGGCCCUGGCGCCAUGCCAUCCCGCAGUCUCAACAAGGUUGCUUGGGAGGAGCGCGAAGGUCGACGCCUGGCGACUGGCGGUCUCAAUGGCGUGGUUACGGUCUUCGAAGUCGGCAAGGGUCUGGGUGGUCCGUCGGAGGAAGUCCCAGCAGAGGAGUGGGCGGGUAUGAAGCGAUUAGUCGGGAAACUAGAGCAGAAGGAUCGAGUGGUUUGA